AUGUCAGCAGCUACAGCCUGUAUGAGACGUUUGAGCAUUGGUAUAGAAGACUUUGAGGAUGUGAAUAAUAUAAAUGAUAAGGAUUCUACAGAAGAUAUAGAAGAAUCUAAUUUUGAAGGAUUGGAAUAUAUCUUUAACAAUUUACCAGAAGCAAAUAAGGUACAAGAAUAUUUACUACAACUUUGA